AUGAUGCUCGACAAAUUCAAAAACAUCGUCAACCUGAACAACAGCGGCGCGGAGAAGGAUGAGGCGAAGAAGGCGGAGGCGAACGAAAACCCAGAGGCGGGCGCGCCAGUACCGGGGGACCCCUCUCUGGAGGGGGCAGAGGAAAAAACCUUCUUCGAUGAAAUGUUAGGAGCGCCACAGUACACAUAUGAGCAGUUCCUCAAGGUGUUAAAAAGCCCCCAAGAGGAACGAGGCGAUACGGACGACUUGAAAAAGCACUGGGGCUACCCCAGGAGGUGGAAAGUCAUUUUGUGGGACCUCCAAAUUCAGAAUUAUAUGAACAGCGAUUUUAACGCGUUCGUCGAUUUCGACUUUGGCGGCAACCGGGAGGAGUGUCGCAUACAGAGAGGCUCCAGCAUGAAAAUCUACGCGAAGGGGAAGACGAAAAACUGCCUGCGCACCCACGUGGUGUCCAACGUUGCAGCGGAGCAGAAGAAAAACAUGAAUUUUAGGAGCGUGUUUGAGUACAGGGGAUCCUACCUAGACCUCGAAAAUGAAAAGCUACGCAUAAAGGUGUGGGAGUAUAAGCAGUUUACGUUAAACAAACUGGAAGGGAUAUACGAAGAACCUCUUCUCUCAUUUGCAGUGGGACAAAUUUACAACGAAACGACGUUAUAUAAAUAUAUGAAGGACACCCGAGUGAAGCGCUGCCGCCUCUUCUUCCAGCUAUACUUCCAGGAGCUAUACGAUUUUGAGCUAUCAUUUCUUAACUGGUCAUUCAGCGACUUGCUCUCCUACACGUACAUACAAGCUAAGAGCUUAAAGUACGUGGAGGACGACCCGGAAAAACUGGGGAGACGGAUUAACAAAAGUGGACGCUGUCAUAUCUUCCCUAAAGGAGGAACCUGUGUAAAAGUGAAAAAGCUAAAUAAAAAAAAAAAAAAAAAAAUCGAAAAUAAAAAUACAGAGUAUGGGAUCGGCAUGAACUCCUCUUUUAACAGUGCCCUCUCGGAAGACUCAGAACGAAACAAUAAAAAUGGGCAGCAGAACAGCGCAGGUGCCAAGUAUAAGAAUGACCGGCAGGCAAGAAAUUUAGAAAAAUUAUUCUUCCGGAAUGUCAGUCUCAUGCAAAAUGUUGAAGAGAACGAGCAGGUCUCCUACAAAAAUGUGAACAAUGUCCAUUUGCCAAAUCCCAGAGUUACCAUCACCUUGACGCACACACCGAAAGGCCAUGAGGGACUCACGUUGGUUUCGAUGGAGCAGAAGGCCAUUUGCUUCCCCGUCUGGGAGAACCUCGGCGAGAUGUACUUCCGGGGAACGCUGCGGGACAUCGACGUGUCCUACUUGAAUAUAAAAGUGGAGGACAUGUCCGCGCCGAAGAGCAGCCGAGAAAUCGGGAUGUGCCAAAUCCCGCUCAAGGGCGUCGUGGACUACCCGUACGUGGCGCACCAGCUGGAGGCCCCCCCCUGGCUGAUCGAAGAAGCCAAGUACGAGGGCUGGGAGAGCAAACUGGAGGAGUGGAAACUCGGCACGGUAGACGGAAAGGUGAUCAUAGCGAGGGUCCCCCGGUACAGACAAAUGGGAGACAUCUACCACUUGGACUGCCGAUACGCCUACCUCAUCGUCCACAUAUUUAACAUUGACCAAAUAGUUACAGUCGAUAAUGUGAAAGAAUUGGACACCUACGUGGAGGUCUCCUUUGAUGAAACCAGCAGGAGGACGCGCUUCGUAAGGAAAACCUUAUCCCCCAACUAUGAUAGCCAAAUAGCCAUCCCCAUGCGGUUCAAUCAUAAAAACCAGGUGAAUUACCAAAAUUUUAGCAAAAAGGGACGCAUCUACAUUGACGUUUGGGGAAAGGCAGACGAUAUUGUCUACGUGGGAGGGGUAUCCAUAACCCCCUACGAAAUAUUUUUCAACGAAAAAAAUGUCAGAAGGAAGAAGAGCAAACUGGAACACAUCGAUUUGGAGACCAAUGUGAAGACGCCAUACGAAACGGUGGUCUACAGAGGGUGCAAAAAGUUACUCUUCCUGCAUGAUGACCAGAGGAUCUCAAACAUACACUUUAGUGUGUGGACUUAUCCAGAUGUGCUAAGCAGCGAUGAAAAUAACCCCGUUGUGGCUCCACCUGUGUUUAGCACGACCAAGAAUUUCCCCACCAGGUUGGCAGAAAAAUAUGAAAAACUGAAGGGGCUAUACUUUCAGGUGCUCAAAACGAUUAGAGGCAUUCCAGAAGGGUGUACGGACAUAUAUAAGACGAAGCGUUUUUUUAAUUACGAAUUGUUAAACCAAAGAAAGGAAAGCCACUUCUUGCCAUCCCUAAUUACAAGUGUAAAAUCCCCCUACGGUGCAGAGUCCACGAACGCCAUCUUUCACUACGUCAGAUGUAUUCCCUUUAUUCAUAAGAAAGAUAAUAUAGCUUUUACACCAGAUUUUACAUUACAGCUAAAAGGGGGGAAUGCCCUAGACCAUAGUCUCCUACUGUGUAGUUUAUUUUUAGGCAUCCCAGUGAUAUCCUUUGUCUGCUUCGGAACCCUAUGGGACAAUCAGAAGCAUGCAUGGGUAUGCACCUUCGAAUACAACGAGGAGAAAAAUUACGGAAUGAUAAAAUUCUGGGAAACCACCACAGGAAAUGUAUACACUUUAAAAAAAAGAUUUAGCGAUAUGAAUAAGUUAAAAAGUUUGGAAAUAAAAUUAAGUGAAUCAAAAUAUAAGUCUCACUUACGACAUGGCUUCCUUCAAAAGAGUGGAAUGAGCACAAAUGAUGUUAACAGGAUAAAGGAGGAGACGAAGAGACAAAUUAAGGAACUCUUUAACAACAGAGUGACGGAUAUUCCAAUCGGGGGACCUUCCGUUCCGUACAAAACGAUAGAUCUCAUUUUUAAUAAUAAAAAUAUUUUUCUCAACCUUCAGGAUCCAAACCCGUUAAACAUUUGGUAUGACUACUGGAGGGUAGAUUUAUGGUUUCCCUUCUCCUCCAUUGACUAUAACAUCCAGCCCUGCUUCACCAUAAAGAAUUAUUCCCACAAGAUAGAGGACAUGGAGUUGGAUAGACUAGCAAAAGAACUUAGGAGCAACAUUGAGAAAAAUAUAAAUAUUUAUAGAGCAUCUCGGAACUUAUCCACUAGAUGGAACCGAGAUGAAACUUUAGAAUUAUUUUUGCAAGUCGGGCUGGAGUUACUGCACCAGUUGAACACCUCCAGAAAAGAAGAUGCACUGCUAGCCAAACUAAAAAUUGAAGACUGGAAAAAAGCCCUCUACCAUAAAGUCCCACAGAGCCAUAGGCUACUCGGAUUUCCCUACCAUUUUAACACAUGCAAAUCUAAGUUCAUUUCGGAUAAACUUAUUAGCACACUUGCUAUUUUAGAAUCCAGGGAUAGAUCCUUAUGCCUUUCGCUAGCUGUCUGUCUGUAUAGCCUCCCCGGAGAUUUCAUUUCCGCUUACAUCUACAUCAUCACCUGCGUGAAGAUAACGCAGAGGGAGUUGCGCAAGAUGGAGAUCGUCAAGGAGAAGGCGCAAAGAAAAGCAGAAAUGAAGAACGCCAGGAAGAAGCAGAAGGGAUCCCCAGAAAAUGCUGACGCGCCCACGGUCGACGCGAUUGAUGUGGAUGCGCUCGCUGAACACAACCUCGAGGAGACACUAAAGGAGGACGCCUACGGGGAGAUGGACGUAAAAUUUGACUCCCCAAACCAGGAGGCGUCUUCGCAGGGGCAGGCAAACGAGCAAUCGCGGGAGCUCGCCCAGGCGGGUGAUGCAAAUCUGGACCUGCUGGAGACCCACUCCAAUGACGAAAGGGAGCAGGUGGAAUCCACGCAGAACGCAGGGAGAGGCUCGAAAAAGAAGAAGCUAAAAAAGUCGGUUGAUUUGAUCAAUUUGUUGCUGGCGGUGAAAAAAGAAGGGGGCCGCAAAAAGGGGGAAAGCAAUAAUGCGGAAAGCAAUAAUGAGGGGGAGAAUCCGCUUGAGGACACCCCCUUGGGAAAUCCACAAGAAGGUUUAACCCACUUGAAAGAGGGGGAUUCCAACCAAAAUGAAGCCACCCAAAAUGUAAGUACACCAGAGGAAGGUGUGGACCGACCGCCAGAAGAGUUAAGAAAGGAUGACCAGCUGGCGGAAGAAGCACCCGAGAGAGACGCCCCAGUGGUGAGCCUCAAGGGGAGCAUCAUAGCUGCGGACUCGACUGAUUGGAGGGAGGGCAAAAGGGAAGACACAAAGGAGUUGAAGAGAAAAAAAAAGGAAAAGAGGAAGGAGAAGGAAAAGGAAAAGGAGGCCAAAUCGGAGCGGAAAAGGGACCGAGAAAAAGACACCAAAUCGGAGAGGGACAAAAAACAACUGGAAUUUGAAAAGCUAAUAAAAUCGAACAACUACUUUGAGAAGGAAAAAAAAAAACUGCAAGAGGAUAUAGAAAAGCUGGAGAGGGAAAAGGAGGAAUUUAAGAAGCAGAAAAUGCUAAGGGAGCAGAAGGAAAAACAAAUGCUGCUGGAGGAGAAGCUGAAGCUCGAAAAGGAGAAGGAACAAUUUGAGAAUGAGAAGUUGGAGCGGAAGAUGUCGUACAUGCUGAAGGUUAAUGAGUGGGAGAGGAAGGAGAAGGAGCGAAGGAGGGAAGAAGAGGAGCGAAGGAGAGAAGAGGAGGAGCGAAGGAGGAAAGAGGAGGAGGAAUACAGAAAAAUGACAGAAAAAAAGACGCACGCUCUGGAGGAGGAGAAGAAGAAGAAAAAGAAAAAAAAAAAAAAGGAGGAAACCCACAGGAAGAAGAGGUGGGAGGGGAUGAGCAGCGCUGAAGGGGAGGAGGAGGCAGAUCGGGAAGCAAAAAAGGAGAGGGAGCGGGAGAUAGAGCGGCAGAGGGAGCAUGAACGGGAGAUAGAAAAAGAGAGGGAGCGGCAGAUGGAGAGAGAAAUGGAUAGGGAGAUUAGCAGACAAAUUGGCAGAAAAACGGGGCGCGACGUGGAGGCGCAGCCCUCCGUGCGGGAAAAGUACUCGGACACGAAUGAGCUCAGUGAGCUAAGUAGCUUUGGCGAAGAAUUGGAUUUGAACCAGAUAUACUCGAAGACGUCAAAUUUGGACGACUUAAACGAGAAGAAAAAAAAAAAAAUAAGAGUGCACACAAAUAGGAAGGAAAAUACUGCCUCCACGUCCAACCUCUCGAAAGAUAUGGAUGAGGUGAAGAACGAAAUGGAUGAUAACCCCAAUAUCGCCAGGUACCUUUACGGAAAAACCAAAAACAGAAAUGCCGGGAAGAAAAAUUAUAACUACGACGAGCCUCACUAUGGGAAAAGCAUGAACGAAAUGACAUACACAGAAAUGAAGAAGAGCGAUUUAUUUAAAGGUUUUGCUGACCCUUCAUCUGGAAAGGCUAAGAAAAAAAUUGUGCUCGUGAAAAGGAAGGGAUAA